UCAUUUGCAAACGUUUCGCGCUCGGUUUAAAACGCUUGCGAAUCGCUCCAACUGCCCCCUCCAAAAAAUCGCGCGAAAAGUUCAAUAAAAUUAACGAAAAAGUUUAAGGCAUAUUCUUAUGCUAACAAGUUUUCGUUUUGGAUUUAAUUAGUUUCGCGUUUAAGGAUAAAAAAUAAAAAUGUUGAAAAUAAUACUGUCUAUAUUUGUGCUAAUUGCAGUAUGCCGCGGCAGUCCGACGAGCAGUGUGCGUCGCUUUCCAAGCGACUUUCUCUGGGGAGUCGGCUCCUCCUCCUACCAGAUCGAGGGCGGAUGGAACGCCGACGACAAGGGCGAGUCCAUUUGGGACUUUCUCACCCACACCCAUCCGGAGAAGAUAGUGGAUGAAUCGAACGGCGAUAUUACGGCGGACAGCUACCAUCAGUGGCGUCGCGAUGUCCAAAUGGUGAGGGAACUGCACGUGGGCACCUAUCGCUUCUCGCUCUCCUGGCCGAGGAUCAUGCCCGGCGGGUAUAUGAACCAAGUCAGCACCGCGGGCAUCAAAUAUUACUCCAACCUGAUCGACGAGCUCCUCCGCUACAACAUCACUCCCAUGGUGACCAUCUAUCACUGGGAGUUGCCGCAGCGAUUGCAGGAACUAGGUGGUUGGACCAAUCCGGAAAUCAUUCCGCUGUUCAAGGACUAUGCCCGCCUGGUCCUGGAAAUGUACGGAGAUCGGGUGAAGAUAUGGACCACCAUUAACGAGCCGUGGCAUGUGUGCGAGCACGGCUACGGAGUGGAUUAUAUGGCGCCCUCCUACAACUAUCCGGGUAUCCCCGCCUACCUUUGCGGACACAAUCUCCUGAAGGCCCACGCCGAGGUGGUGCACAUGUACCGCGAUCUCUUCCAGAAGCGACAGGGUGGACGUAUCGGCAUCACCCUGGACACAUCCUGGCCGGAGCCCAAGGACCCCAAUUCGGCAGAGGAUCGCGAGGCCUCCGAGCGGGCCAUGCAGUUCUAUGUGGGUUGGUUCGGUCAUCCCAUCUUCUCGAAGCACGGCAACUAUCCCAAGGUAAUGAUCGAAAGGAUUCGGAACCUGAGCAAGGAGCAGGGCUUUGGAGUUCGCUCCAGACUGCCGGAAUUCACCCCUGAGGAGAUCCAUCGCAUUCGCGGCACUGCUGACUUCUUUGGCAUCAACUCCUACACCUCCAAUCUGGUGACCCCCAAUGGACACAAUAACACCGGAAAGUUCCCAGUGCCUUCCUUCAACCACGACAUGGGAGUGGUGGAGAGCCAGAAGGAUGUGGACUGGCCCGGAUCGGGUUCCGUUUGGUUGAAGGUCUAUCCCAAGGGCAUGUACAAUCUGUUGAUGUGGAUACACCGCGAGUACAAUGCCCCCGAGAUUAUCGUCACCGAGAACGGAGUCAGUGAUCGCGGCGGCCUGGAGGACUAUGCCCGGGUGGACUACUACAACCUGUACCUCUCCGCGGUGCUGGACGCCAUCGAGGAUGGUGUUAAUAUCAGUGGCUAUAUCGCCUGGAGUCUGAUGGACAGCUACGAGUGGAAGGCCGGCUUCACGGAGAAGUUCGGUCUCUACCACGUCGACUUCAAUUCCCCGGAACGCACUCGCACCCCCAAGGUAUCGGCGCGAGUCUUCGCCCAAAUCUGCAAGACCAACACCAUCGACUGGAGCUACCGGCCCGUACUAGACAAGGAGCAGGUCCUGGUGGCCAUGGCUCAGCUGCCGGCUGAGGAUCUGGCCCGAACCAGUGGAGUGUCCCAGACCAGUGGCGUAGUAAGUUGGAGUCUGAUUGGUGUGCUUCUCGUGGCCCUCUUCCGAUGAGGUGGUCAGGAGCACUUUCCGGAGGCUUGCCAUAUUGAUGUUGCCAAGUAUUUUUGCUACUCGUAGCCCUAAGUUUGUCUAACCCUCAUUGUAAUAUAUAUUUUAUGUAUAGAUGUUAUAAUUUGUACUUAAACUAAAAGACUCGAAACAGAAUAAAUUAAUGUGUGAUAUGAAAACAAGA